CUCUCGGCUGCCUUCGUCGUCUCUAGCGCCAAAAUCGUCAUCUCGACGGCAAUUCGCCCAAUUCAGGAAAUGCAUUCCCAGUUUGGACGAGCAGUACUGACACAUAGGAAGCGAUGAGAGCAUCAUCCUUAUCCUCGACUGGGGGAAAUUGUGAUCAAUUUAAUUAUCAAAACAUAGUAAGUAAUGGAAUUUAGGCAAGCGUCGAUGAGCAACUAGAAAACACCUUCCUUAAUCGUGCCUUCACUGGUGUGCAUGCCACCACGAAUGCCAUAAAGCCUUUUCAGUAUAAUGCUCGAUCCGCCAUGGGUGGUUCUGCUACCGCUUCCCUUCCUAUGGCUCGCCGCCCCUCCAAGUCCUCCUCCUGCAUCUCUCGCGGCCUCAUCGUCUUCGCCGCUGCCGCCGUCCUCCUCGUUGUUUUCUACGGCAUCUGCUCCUCUUUCUCAGCCAACUUCUCCUCCAUCUAUGAACAACGUUCUCGAGUCUCCUUGGGCCGCCGCCGUCGCCUUCCGAACGCUACCUUCUACGACGACCCGUCUCUCUCCUACCUGAUCGGCCGCCCGGUCGACGACUGGGACGCGAAGAGGCGGGAGUGGCGCCGCCUCAACCCCCACGUCGCCGCCGGCCGCGAGCGGAUCUUUAUGGUGAGCGGGUCCCAGGCGGGCCCGUGCCGCAACCCGGUGGGGGACCACCUCUUGCUGCGCCUGUUCAAGAACAAGGCCGAUUACUGCCGCCGCCACGGCAUCGAACUGCUUUACAACACGGCGCUGCUCCACCCCAAAAUGAACUCCUACUGGGCCAAGAUACCGGUGAUCCGGGCGGCCAUGCUGGCCCACCCUGAGGCGGAGUGGGUGUGGUGGGUUGACUCCGACGCCGCCUUCACGGACAUGGACUUUGAGCUGCCCAUGAGUCGCUAUAGGUCCCAUAACAUGGUCGUCCACGGCUGGUCCCACCUGAUCUACGAGGAGCGGAGCUGGGUCAGCCUCAACGCCGGCGUCUUCCUCAUCCGCAACUGCCAGUGGUCGCUCGACUUCAUGGCAGAGUGGGCCUCCAUGGGCCCCACCUCCCCUGACCACUCUCGCUGGGGCAAGAUCCUCAAGGACGAGUUGAAGGACAAGCUGUACAGCGAGGCGGAUGACCAAUCGGUGCUCGUGUACAUCCUUCUGAAGCAGAAGGAGAGGUGGGGCGACAAGAUCUACCUGGAGAGCGAGUUCGACUUCGAGAGCUACUGGCUGGGGACGGUGGGGCGGCUGGAGGGGUUCGACCGGGCUUACACAGCGGUGGAGCAGCGGGAGGAAGAGCUGCGGCGGAGGCACGCGGAGGCCACGAGCAGGGCGUACGGGCGAAUGCGGGAGGAGCGCAUGGGGCCGGAGACGCCGCGACGUCCGCUGAUCACUCACUUCACCGGCUGCCAGCCCUGCAGCGGGGACCACAACGAGAUGUACACCGCGGAGAGCUGCUUGGAAGGGAUGCAGCGCGCGCUGCACUUCGCCGACAACCAGGUCCUCCGCGACUACGGCUUCCGCCACGCCGACCUCCUCAGCGCCGACGUCGUCCCGCUGCCAUUCGAUUACCCUGCCACGUACUAA